AUGUCGUCUGUUCAAAUCCCCUUAUCCGACUUGGAGCGUCGCGCCAGGAACCACGCCAUUCUAUGCACGAUCGGAUUCCUCAUCCUCCUGCCAAUCGGUGUCCUCGUCGCAAGGUACACACGAACCCUGCCCUACAGGUGGUUCUGGGCACACUGGAUCACCCAGCUCCUCGUCUCCGCGCCUAUCAUCCUCGCGGGGUGGUCUCUGGGGUACAGGACGUCCACGGUACUCGCGCUUGGGCACUUCAAGGACCCACACCAGAAGAUGGGGCUCGCGCUUCUUGUUAUGUACCUCAUCCAGAUCGCCCUCGGCACGGCUGUCCAUUUCGCCAAAUUUCCGUCGCUCUUCCGAGGUCGGCGCGCGCCGCAUAAUUACCUGCACGUCACGCUUGGCCUCGUCAUUUUCGUGUGUGCCCAAUGGCAGGUUCACUACGGCCUUUUCACGGAAUGGAACUUCGCUACCGGCGGUUUGCAUCGAGUCCCGACGUCGGCGAAGAAUGUAUGGCUGGCGCUGGUCAUUGUGUUCUGGGUGCUAUAUGGGGCAGGAAUGACGCUUAUUCCCCGGCAAUUCCACCAGGAGCGUCAAGCCCGUAAAAUCCGAGACGACGACGACACCAUCCAAAAGGAUUUGGAUAAAAGCAAUAAUAAAGCAGCCGCUUAA